AUGCCGCCGAAAAUACAUGACUAUCCCGGCAUCAACCUGCCGUUGCGCUAUCUUCACGAACUUGAACCGGAUGGCCGAUCAGCCCAGCUUGGGCGCGAUUUCUAUAGGGUCGGUUCGAUCGAGGGCCUGAGAGGUGUCGAAUCGGACAUUCUGCAAGUCCGCGAGGUGGCUAUGUUGAUAGUCAUGGACGUCCUUACAGACAAGGCCAACUGGCACGAGAAGGUCUUUGACGACAGCAUCGUUGCCAAGUGGCGCCGGGAAGCACUUUCGCAGGACGAGAAGCCCAUAUAUAACCUGAUUGUGGGCGAAAAAAAAGUCAAGAUGCCGCAGCGGACGAGGAUCAUGUCCGAACGUGCCUUUGACUACUGCAUCGCCGAGUUGAGAUGCAAGGCUACUGAAUUCAAGAAAACGGGUCUGAUCUUCACUCUCAAUGUGGGACAGAACACCGCCAUCAAGUCCGACUCGGCCGUGGGCGACGAGCUCCGCUUGGGUCUGAGGGCGGCCUUCGACAAACUGCGGACCGAGCAGGGCGACGCACCAGACUGGCACCCUAGAAGCAACGACAUGGUCCAAGAUCUGGUCCACCCCUCCAUGUACCCAUUUGUCUACGUAGGCAAGUCCCCAUUCUUCCAGGAGGAAGUCGUCGGUGUGAGAGACGCUGUUGAUAAAUGGUCCGGCAAGGGUGAAAAUGUACAGGAAGCAAGGGAUCAUAUGGCGGAGUGUGACAAUACGGGGGGUAGAGUCCCCAUCGGGGUUAUACCACCGAUCAACAGCGACUACUGGUCUUCAACUUACCAAUGGCUCCCUGCCAACCUAGCCUUCCAAGAGGACGGUACCGUGAGGUUCACGAGCUACAUCAACAACCUGCAACCGAAACGACAUCAAGGAAUCUACAGGCUGGUCGAAAAACUAAUAGACAAGGCCAUCCCAGCAUGGGAACGAGUCCUCGCCGGAAAAGCGGUCACUGACGCCAAUCGCAUCCAGAAGCGGUUCAGCCCGCCUCCCGAGGUCUACGAGGAGGACGAGGACUCUCCAGAAAUAUGGGAGCCCUUCAAUCCCGAGGUCCUUGAAGCAUACGAAAAAGAGCACGGCGAGAUCGAUGUCUCGGACGAUUGGAAGGUGCAGGAGUGGCAAGAAUAUGUCGACCAAGAUGAGCCGACCGGAUUGAGCGACGAAGAAAAGAAGCAAUGGUGGGAAGAACAGAGAUCUCGGGUAGUCGGCAAAGUUAAAUGGGCCAAGAUCAGAGACCCCAUGCUUCCCGAACCUCUGGGAUUUGUGCCAGUUACUUAUCGCGUCAAAAAGACGCUGCGCGAAAAGUUCAAAGAUGAUGGGCUUCAAGUCAUUGUCAAGAUGGCAUCCAUCGAGCUCACACCCGAGAAGCCAGAAUUUCCAGUCGGCGGAUGGCAUAUCGAAGGCCAGCUGAACGAGCACAUUGUCGCUACCGCGCUGUACUAUCUCGACUCUGAAAACGUGACGCCCAGCUACUUGGAGUUUCGAAUGUUAACGUCCCAGUAUCAGGAGGACCUCCAGGAGCGUGUCGGCCAGGAUAUGUAUCAUUUCUACGAACACAUUUUCGGCACCCGUCUAUCGUUCCACGGCCAUUGCCUCCAGAAUUAUGGCAGAGUGGAAACGCCCGAGGGGCGGCUGCUCGCAUUUCCCAACGUUUUCCAACACCGUGUGUCCUCAUUCAGGUUGCAGGACCCCACGAAGCCUGGCCACCGCCGCUUCAUCGCGCUGUGGCUUGUCGACCCGCACCAACGGAUCAUCUCAACGGGGAACGUCCCACCGCAACAGCUGGAUUGGUGGGCCGAAGCCGUGUUUGGCACGGAUUUGCGCGCCAAUAAAGGAGAUAUGCCUCCUGAACUGUUCCAACUCCUCCUCGAGCAGGGUGUCGCCAAAUCGGUGAAUCCGCCGCCAGAAUUGCUGAGCAAGAUGAGCAGCCGGCUGCCGACCGAGCUCUUGGACAUGGUGCGGCGCGAGCAGGUGUUACCGGACGGGAUCAUGACGCCCGAUGAGGCCCGGGCUCAUCGUCUCAAGCUGAUGGAUGAACGCAGUGCUUUCCAAGUCAAAAGCGAACGAGAAUGGAAUAUGGGCAACUACUCUUUCUGUGAACACUGA